GCCUGAUUGCGCAUUUUCUCAUCCAAAUGGCAAAAAGGACCACACACCAAAUAUUUCCGAACGUACAUUUGUAUCUGUACCUGACGAGAUGACGGAGAAGAUUAUUCCAUCUAAGAAUAACAAUGACGAGGAGUCGUUGGAGGUCAAAGAUGUUGCGGAGAAUUGUGCACGACCGGAGGAUAAUAAAGAGAAUGAAAUUGGUAAUGAAGCUACUAAAA